AUGAAAUUCAAGAAGAGUACGAUUGUCAUUCCUGUCAUCACGGCAAAUGAAGUUGCAGAUUUUCCCCAUCGCUCUGCAACUUCUGCCGAGGUUUUCGUAUGGAUCAAAGGUCACUGCAGCAAACGGAUACUCUCUGGCAUAGCUCUUACCGAAGUACGAGACCUCACUGGCGAGGCCAUAUACACAUUCCGAGUUGAUAAUUUGAUGUUUAUGUUGCGAGCAAUGGGGCUCACAGGCUGCCACAGUCCCAAAGCUAGGAAAUUAUGCGGAUUUAUCAUCGCUGCAAGAAGACUCUUGGUACCUGCCCAUGUCCCAUACCCUUUUACCACAUUGAGAAUACUCGGUUAUAUUAACGACUCUUAUCCACAGACUGGAGUGCAUCUCGCCAAUGGAACACAAGAUGUCGCGUCAAACCUUCCACCCGCCGAAGAGCGUGAGGAUAAUGCUGGACGUUCGAGAUCGGCCACUGCUGAGCCUGCCCCAGAAAUCCCACCUUCCCUACCAGUCCAAGGACCUCAGUACCAAAUACCCCUUGAGAUUGGAAUAGCCAUGAGCUGCAAUCUCCUCCCCAUCGAAGCGACUGCACGAGCCCUUCUCCCUUCCUCAGCCUUUCCCACCCACUUCACGAGACCUGCAUCCGCCCACGAGAGUGACAACGAAGGAGAAUAG